UCCCGAGGCUCACUCCGUAGGACGCGUGUGACCGCUGGGUGCCGCUGUGGUGCCUCGGUGUUGCCAAGGGAGACCGCAUAAAAACACCUCGUGCAAGUCUUCAAUGGCUUCAAGAGUCCCUGAACUCAACUCUCACUACGACAGGCUGGACGUGGACCACCGGGACCCCAACAGAGAAAACGUGUGCUCCUGUUCUGAUCUUCUACCGUGACUUUUUACCAUUUCUUUUUUCUUUUUUGAGGAUAAAGAGUAGCGGUGGAAUUAAAAAAAAAAAAAAAAAAAGAUCGACCGGAGGCAUUUUAAGCCGUAUUCACGGACUCCUCAGUGGUGAGUAUUCGCCACGGUUCACGGGAUGAGGCUACGUAGUUGAUUUAGGUGUUAGCGGCACCUUGGUCCUGAGCUAAUCUGUGCCGUUUAAACUAUAGGGAAGAAAAAAAUCUAACAAAUGCGACGUUUUACUCAAAACCAGCCUGCUCCAACUUCCUUCGAAAACUACAUUCAAGCAGUCAUUCUCGCCAAAACUGACAUUUAACGACUUGUUAGUCGCAAAAUAGUUGCACAUGACGGCUAUUUAAUCUCCUCAAAGCGGCAGUUAGAGCGACUAACAGUAACAUUUCCACCUCUGGAGGUAUCAGCGGCUAGCAAGUCAGUUUAACCACGCAGUUCGAUGUAUAAAAGUGACUCUUUCGAUGUUAUGCUAACUUCGUCUCGACCAUUUUUCAUCACUUAAGGGUUACGGUAUCACUCAAUCACAGUGCAGAACGCAUACCUUUUCAUCAGUUACGUUAUCAAUUGUAACAUGACACAAGCACGUCCAUUAUUUCCCUCUAGUAUGUGACAGGACUUAGUCACAAACGUGGCUAUGAAUAUAUAGUCAUGCUAGUGUUCCACAAUAAUCUUUAGUUCAAGACUCAAAUGUACUCCUUAAUUGAUGAUCGGUGAAGAACUGUACAAUAUAUACAUUGACUAUUAAUGGUCUGAUUUAAAACAAAAAAAAAGCCAAUUUUAAAUCUCAUCCCUAAAUUUGGGGUUCUCUGAUUUGGUCGUCGAGAAGAUGUUAAAAUGAGAGACAGCGCAUGAAGUGUGAGGGAGAUCCAUAGAAUGAGGACCACUCUUGAGAAUGAAUGCUUGCCCAUGUGUAUGACAUCCUUUCAUGCGUGCACCUAUUAGAAGUUCAUUUCAAGUGAUUAUCAGGUCUCUUUUUUGGUGCGUGUGUGAAUUCUUUAUCUUGGUCAUUUGAUUGGGUCAGGUCAUAUUUGAUCAUUUCACCUCCUAUCCUAUACACAUAACUGACUCUCCUGUUCAGGUACCUCGGCCUGCUGAGAUAUCCAAGGAUUAAUUAAGGCUGUGGCGACAGAUGGCCCUCUCCGAGUCUCCGCUGUUUGUCAGCCGCCAGUCUAAACUGAGAUAAAUGCUUCCAGGGCUUGGAGCAAGAGAUUGUGUGGGGAGGGGGGUUGGGGUGCUGCCAAUUGUGAUUAGCUGAGGCAAGUCAGGAGUAAAGGGGGAGGGCUGCCAGGAGUCUGAUAUAAAUGGCUACUGGACAUAAGCAAAAAAAAUAGACCUUGUUGUCAAGGUGCAUGUACCUGCAGGAUAGGAUACCUUACAAGAUAGCCUGUACUGCAACCAAACACACGCACAAAAAUGCUUUAAUAGGCUAUAAUAAGUCUUAUGGAGCUGACCAUUUGCAAUUUCAAUUAGAGGCGAGUGUGAUAUUUUAACAUGUAAAAAUAUCUAAACCAUAUUUAAAGAUGCAUGUCAGGAAUGAUAUCUUAUGAGGGAAGGAAUCACUGGAGACAUGUCGAGGCCUGGAUGAGGGCUUUUGAGAGUCUUGAUUAGAACAAGAAGGAUGAAUGUCUGCCCCCUCAUAAGUCUUCAUCCCCUGUUGGAGUAAAAUGGCCCCAGAUGAGAGACUCUCCACCACGUCCUCUUUACAGCUGAGCUGAGUUCAGCCAAGACUGAGGUGGUCUGAGCUGUAUGCUGGGGGGCAGUGAUGAUCAUGUCCCACAUGAACGGUUACGUGCAGGAGGGCACCGCUCAGGCUGCCGGCCACAGGGAGCGGGCGGUGGACUGUCCCGGUGACGAGAGUUGCCUCGUCCAGCCCGUUCACUGCAGCGCCCAGAUGGAGAGAAUCCAACACUACCAGGAGGAGCUGAGAAAGAGGAGGGAAGAGGACGGCCGGGGCAGACAUGACAUCGACCCAGACGCUUCGCUGAGGCUCAAGAAGCUGGCGCAGAACCCAAAAGUGGGCGUUGACAAUCCCACCUUUGAGGGGAAGGACAAUGCUCCCAAAGAUGCACAUUCCCAGGUUCCUCUUGCCGAAUUGGAGGAGCUGCUGCAGGCCGUCAAGUGGGCGCAGCAAUGCGUGACAGACGCUCAGAGCCAGCAGGAUGCCGAGCUGCUGCUCCAGCUGCUCGCCAAGGACGACUUCAAGUGCGCCUACAGCAUCUACACCGUCGUGUCCCAAAAGAUGAGCCGAGUGACCCCCACCUCACCCCUCACGGUGCAAGCGCAGGAGCUAUGCCUAGAGGUCCAGAAGAUCCUCCAGUCCAAUCAACAGAGAGAAGGCUUGGAGCUCAGGGCUCUGCUGACCAAUCCUCAUCUCCAGGCACUGAUGCAAGCACAUGACAGCUUAGCUGUGCAAGAAAUGGCAGAGGACAACGUGAUCCAGUAUUUUGGGGAAACUGUUAAAAUGGUGCGGCUUCAUAAGACCCGUGACACUCCGCUGGGUGCGACUGUGCGGAAUGACAUGGACAGCGUGGUGGUGAGCCGCGUCGUGAAAGGCGGCACCGCAGAGCGCAGCGGCCUGCUCAACGAAGGGGACGAGAUCUUGGAGAUCAACGGCGUGUCCGUUCGCGGGAAGCACGUCAAUGAAGUUCACGACUUAUUGCAACAAAUGCACGGCACUUUGACCUUCCUUCUCAUCCCGAGCGCUCAGAUUAAACCUGCCCCACACAGACAGACUGUGAUGCACGUACGAGCUUACUUUGACUACGACCCCUCGGAUGACCCUUUUGUGCCGUGUCGGGAGCUGGGCCUGGCUUUCCAGAAAGGAGAUAUUCUCCAUGUAAUAAGCCAGGACGACCCCAACUGGUGGCAGGCCUACAGGGACGGAGAUGAAGAAAACCAGUUGCUGGCGGGACUCGUUCCAGGGAAGUGCUUCCAGCAACAGAGAGAGACCUUGAAGAGAACACCACCAGACCGGAGUAGGGAACAACAAGGGAAACGUUGGUAUGUGAAGAAAAACAAGAAACCGAAGAAGAAAAGCACAUCUCCUCUGAGCAAAAACACCGAACCCGAUGAAGUCCUGACCUAUGAGGAGAUGUCUCUCUAUCACCAGCCUGCCAACCGCAAACGUCCCAUCGCUCUGAUCGCUCCGACAAACAGCGGCCACGACGAGCUGCGCCGCAGGCUGCUUGCUGUUGAACCGGACAAGUUUGCCGUCGCCGUCCCACACACGACCAGAAGCCCGAGGAUACACGAGCGAAAUGGGCGGGAGUACCACUUUGUGAGUCGACAAGGCUUUGAGGCUGACUUGUCCGCGGGGAAGUUCAUCGAGUCCGGGGAGUACGAGAAGAACCUGUACGGAACCAGCACGGACUCUGUGCGACACGUGGUCAACUCUGGACGCAUCUGCUUGCUCUGCCUGCACACCAGGUCAUUGAGGCUCCUGAGGUCCUCCAACCUCAAGCCCUUCGUCAUUUUCAUUGCGCCUCCUUCUCAAGAAAGACUGCGCACCCUGCUGGCUAGUGAGAGAAAAACACCCAAGCCGGAGGAGCUCAAGGAGGUCAUCGAGAAGGCUCGCGAGAUGGAGCAGGACUUUGGCCAUGUUUUUGACGCCACGGUCGUGAACGUUGCGCCAAACGAGGCUUUCUUUGAAGUGCGCAAACUCAUCGAGAAGCUGGACACAGAGCCUCAGUGGGUGCCCACCUCCUGGCUCUGCUGAGCUCCUCUGGAAGGGCACGUGGACGUUGUAGAAGCCUCCAUUUGAAGGAGAGGUGGAAUAUUUUUCAUUUGCACAUUUCCUCAGAAAUGGACUCAGGUUUCUUACAAUUCUUUGAAUGUCUACUUUGUUCAUCCCUUCCUCCCCACUUUAGCCGUUUAUGAAGCAUAGACGUAGCUGAAUAUUUAUAUUUGUACAUACAAAUUCUCUGGGUAAGAUGUAAACAUUUUACUCCGAAAUUGUAUAUGUCUACAAUGGGAGCGUCAAAAUGAUAUGCCGUAUUGAUUUGAGUCUGCAGUUCCAUUUGUUAAUAGACAUGCGAGGUUUUUCCUUAUCGCAAUCAGUAUUAUGAUUAUUAUUAUUGUAUUUUGUUUGAUCUCAUUUAUCUUUUAUUGAAAGCCCUCAAACCAAACUGUUGUAUAUAAUGACUGGUUAUCAUUAAACAGUACAUUACACUGCAAAUCCCCCCCACCCUUAACACGAAUAAGACCCUGAUUCAAACCUGUCCACAAUGUGGGAAAGGCAACAGUGUGGUGCAAAAUCUCUGCCAGGCUUCAGGUGAGGUCCCAAAAGAGAAGAGUGCAAGAGUCUAUUUUGGACACCAGAAGCAUUUCUCAUACUGGCCAGGAGAUGGCGACAAGGCAGCGUUUACCGUACUUUGUGGCAUGUGAUUUUUGGAUAAAAUGUAAGCAACAAUUUCUCCGGCAAGCCAAAGCAGUCAGGAUGACGGGUCACCAGGUGGCGAUAGUGUGCAAA